CCCAUGCUAAGUAGAGAGCUUUCAUUUCUAAUAGUAUAUGUUCUGUGGAUGUUCGGUACUCGCUGCGCUGCUGCCAUUCUGGCAUUACGUCAAUGGUGGAGGUCUCAUUUCGGUUUGGGAGGAGUUGCUGUGACCGCCAUUGUUAUAAUUCCUCACCAUAUUAUAGAACACAGCGAGAAUUCGAUUUACCUGCAUUCCGCGUAGCGUGUGUCGAGGCUGAGGGACCGUUUUUCCGAGUAUAACCUUCAAGAGUGCGGACCACAGACGGAUCCAUCGGCCGACGCAUUCUUAGCGUAGCAUGUCCACGAUGAAUCCCGAGUAUGAUUACCUGUUUAAAUUGCUUCUAAUUGGAGACUCUGGUGUUGGGAAAUCUUGUCUCCUGUUACGCUUUGCUGAUGACACAUACACAGAAAGUUACAUCAGUACUAUUGGUGUGGACUUUAAGAUUCGAACUAUCGAUCUAGAUGGAAAAACAAUAAAAUUACAAAUUUGGGAUACUGCGGGUCAAGAGCGGUUCAGAACAAUUACAAGUUCUUACUAUCGAGGUGCGCAUGGUAUUAUUGUUGUUUAUGACUGUACAGAUCAGGAGACUUUUAACAAUGUAAAACAGUGGUUGGAAGAAAUUGAUCGUUAUGCCUGUGAUAACGUCAAUAAGCUGCUAGUCGGCAACAAAUGUGAUCUACAUACUAAGAAAGUAGUAGAUUAUACAACAGCUAAGGAAUAUGCCGAUCAACUCGGCAUACCAUUUUUGGAAACAUCAGCAAAAAAUGCAAUGAAUGUAGAGCAAGCUUUUAUGACAAUGGCUGCUGAAAUAAAACUUAGAGUGGGUCCACCAUCAAGUGGAGCGAGCGAUCCAGCCAACAAAGUGAAGAUAGAACACGGGCGUCCAAUUGAAUCUUCUAAAUCUGGAUGCUGCUGAGAAUUGUAAUCUGCGUUUAACCAAAACAUCUAAUAUGGUUGCGGUCCGGAUACUGCAAAAUUAAACUUAUUAUUGCAAGUAUAAGAACGUACAUGAAAGUUUAAGUUUACGUCAACAACAAAAAAAAGGGGAAAAAAUGAAUCUAACACACACUCAUGGACCACCAACUCUUCUUCAGAGUUGUACGAAGCUCUUGUCCGCCUGCCCUAAAUUUCGUUUUUGUAGUUAAUUUUUCUUUCCAAAGAAGAAAAGACGUGGUUAAUCAACGCCAUUUUCUAGUAUAAAGUUCGACUUUAGAUAAAUUUGUCGAAUUAGUAUUGAUAAUGUCGAGCGUGAGUGUAGAUGUGCGUGUAAUGGAAGGAGGGGGUAAUUCGGGUCUUGAGAAGUAAAUUGAAUAAUACUGUGUAUGGUGAUUAUUAUAAUAAGCACUUUGAUUUUUCCUUUUUAGCCUAAUUGUAAUAUGUACUAUAGCGUGUUUGGCUCUAGCCAUUUCUAUUCCUCUAUACAAUAAUCCAGAACGUUUUCUCAUGUUUCUUCUUUCGUUCUUUAUUUUCUUUUAGAAAGCGCAGAGAGUUAGGAUAUUUGUUUCCUAAUGAGGUUACACGAGAAAUGCGGCAUUCUUUUUCACCACACACACACACACACACACACACACACACACACACACACACACACACACACCUGCGCGCGCGCACCCACGCAGCAUGCGAAAUGAGUGUAAAAAAUAUCCAUAUAGAGGAUAUUUUUUAAAAGUUUAUUUUUUUAAAAAGAAAACAUUAAUUAGUAAUUUAUAACAUAAAUAUAUGCACAUAUACAAACAAUACCCAUCAUGUUAAUAAAUUGCUAAUUAAUGUUUACUUUCUAAAAAUAAAUUUUAAAAUAUCCUUGUAUCUAUACUUUUUACAUUUGUUGUAUACAUAUAUAGGCAAUGCACAAAAUAAUGUGAAUAUUUAGGAAAUACAUUACUUAAUGAUUGGUUUUCUUAUGAAAUCAUUUUUAAUACAGAUUUUAUUCUUCUAUCUGAUUCUAUUUUUAAAACUUCAACUUUUUUCUCAGCCAACAUAAUUACUUAACUUAAAUAUCAAGUCUCUUAACUUAAAUAUCAAGUAACACACUAUUUUAUUACAAUUAAGAUGUCAACCAAGACUUGAAAAUUUUCAUCAAAUAUUAAUCAUAGUGAUAUCACCUUGUUAUUGCAAUGGUGAUUACUUAAAUCAUGAGCAGUUUUGAAGAAUAAAGUGGAAAAUGAGUUUUCUUCAAUAUCUUUUAAGCAUCCUCCGGCGUCUCCUAGAAGGUAUUAUGGUAAAAGAAUGUAACAUUGCACUGGUGACUAGUUAAGCAUUGUAUGAUUUUUUUUAAACAAGAAUAAAAUCUGUAUUAAAGACAAAGAACGAGCCAAUCUUUUAUUAAUAAGAUGCAUGUAUUUUCCAAAUUUUUACAUCAUUUUAUCUAGCCUAUGUAUGCAUUAUAUGCAUACAUACAUAUUUAGUGUAAUUUAAUAAUAAAUAUUUCAAUGCUAACUAAGUGCAUACACAGCAUACACUUAUAAAUGCAUACACACACACACACACAUAUAUACAUGUGUUUAUGCGUGUAUGUGUACAUUGUAUUUAAUGGCAACUUUGAUUGGAUGCAUUGAUGCAUAUUAAAACAAUCGAUCACAAGUCACAAAUUGAUGUAAAGAUAUAUAUUUAAUAUGGAUAUUUGAUAUAAAUCGAUAUAAGAAUGUUUAAUAUAAAUACAUAAACAAAUUAAAAUUGGAAAUUUUUAAUACACUUUAUUGUGCUAUGUGUUAAAAUAUAUAUAUAUAUAUAUAUAUAUAUAUAUAUAUAUAUAUAUAUAUAUAUAUAUAUAUAUAUAUAUAAUUCUAAUUAUUUGGAUUUUAUUUUUACUCUUAGAUUAGAUUACUGUAUAGCAGUUUUAAUGUGCAUAAUAGUGCAAUCCAAUCGAAUUCACCAUAAGUAUGCUGCUCAUGUGCACCAAGCCAAACAGCAGUGCGGAACUUGGUUUGUUUAAUUUUAUCUAUGAUCCUCGUCAUGGUCUUUUUUUACAUAAUUCAAAUGCGAUCCGAGAAUCGACAAAAAAUCUACGAACCAGCUCCGAUCGAGCGGAAAAGCGAGGAUAUUUUAUACGAGUUAAGAGAUAUUACAGUUACAUGUAAUCUAAAUCGUAGCUUUGUAUCGUGAGAGGGUUAUUUGUGACGGGUAUACGAUAUAAUGGCAUUCGAAAAGUUACAAAUAUAGUAACUGUAAUUAUAUGAAAUACGGAUGAAUAAACAAUUAUCUAAACGAAAA